CGUCAAGUUCAGUGGAUAUAAAUAAAAGUCUAUAAAGUGAAAAGUGCUUAAAAGUGUUGAAAGUCAGGAACCGGAUCUUUUGCAAGGACUACAAGUUCAGCGGCGUCCUGUCAGGAAUGGAUUACCAGUGCUAACCAAUAACAGGAUUAUCCUGUACACAAAACUCAACAUAAUACGUACUUAUUAGCCAAAGAGAAUGGCAAACAAAGUGUUUUUUGCAUCCUUGUGGCUGCUUCUUAUGUGCUCUGCAUGGGCCGAGGAGGGAGACAUUAUAAUGAGUGAUCAGGAUGACGAGGAUAUAAACCCGCUGGUCCAGGCCGCACCGGAAGCCGUCGAUAAGGAGAGCGAACGCGACCAGCGCCACAUUAGCUUCAACAUCCUCCAAGCCCCCGCAGUUAGUGCGAGAUACACUUAUGGUGGUGGAGGAGGACACGGUGGAGGCGGAGGCGGAUAUGGUGGCAGUGGCGGAUAUGGCGGCGCUGGAGGACACGGUGGUGGAGGGUAUGGUGGCAGCGCAGGAUACGGCGGCAGUGCAGGAUAUGGGGGCGGUAUAAAGACAUCUCAUUCUGCCGGAGCUGGUGGCGGAUUUCUAAGCAAGACCUUUGGAAUAUUUGGUAUUGGAAAGGGAAAUCAGGGAAAUUUCUACGGAAAUGGAGCACAGUUUCUGGCAGCCUUUGGAAAGUGUUCGGCCAUGCAGCUGCCCACCAAUGUGCAGUCCGAGUGCCACAACGGGCGCUGCAAGGUCUUCUGCCCAGCUGGCUACAGCUUCGCCCAGGACACCCAGUUCCUGGAGCUGUUCUGCAGCAACGAUGGAUGGGUCAUAGGCAAUUCCGUGUACACGGAGGUGCCUCCCUGCCAGGCCCAGUGCCUACCCAGGUGUGAGAACAAUGGUAUUUGCAUCUCCGCCGGAGUGUGCCAGUGUCCGGAGAACUACUACGGACCCCUGUGCCAGCAGAAGAAGGCAAUGUGUGCUUCCCUUCCAAAGCCGCCUAAGAACUCCAAGGUCUCUUGCACAAAUAAUAUCUGCAAUGCUGUCUGCAUGAGAGGCUUCCAGUUCCCAGACGGCAGUGGUAUUACCAACAUUGAAUGCCGCAGCGGCCAGUGGGUUCACACCAAAACGGGGCUGGCCAAGACCCCCGACUGUGCCCCUACUUGCACGCCCGCCUGCCAGAAUGGAGGACAAUGCAUUAGCUUCAAUGUCUGUGAAUGCUCCAAGAUGUUCCGGGGAGCCAAUUGCCAAUAUAAUAUUAAAGACUGCAAUGUGACUAAUACCAACUUUAAUGGCAACUAUAAGUGUGCCUAUGAAAUGGAGGAGGCUCGUUGCACAUUCAGUUGCCCCCAGGUGCCAGGAUUAAAGGUCGAAGGACGCCUGGACAUUGAGUACAAGUGUAGCUAUCAGCAAGGACAGUAUCUUCCUGCGCCACUGCCAAAGUGCAUAUUUCCUGAGGGCUACACCAUUCGCUCUACAUCAUCCAUGCAUAGUGCAAUGCAUCAGACAGGGAUUUAUCAACAUGGAAUGAGUGGAGAACUGUCUUACGAAAUCCAAACCGAACGGGAAAAGCUUUUGGCCUUGCUGGCGAAGUAUAGGGAUCUGGAAAGAAGAAGUGAAUGGUGGUCAUCGGAGGAAACGGUGGUCACCAUGAGUAGUUAUUCCCUCUACCAGAGCAACGACUUGGAUGUCGUUAUUGACAAGACCCCGCGACCGGCUCUUUGUACUACAUGGGGAGGCAUUAACAUGAAGACCUUCGAUGGUCUGGUCUUCAAAGCUCCCCUCUCAUGUUCCCACACGCUGGUUACAGACAAGGUUUCUGGCACUUUUGACAUUAUCCUCAAGGCUUGUCCCUAUGGCUCCGGCUAUGGUUGCGCCCACACCCUGAAAAUCCUAUGGCAAUCGGUACUGUACACUUUCGAGAAUCUAAAUGGUACCAUGCAGCUGAGCACGCCCACAAAGAAACUACCCAUGCCCGUCCAGGUUAUGGGCAUGAAGGUGAUGCCCGUGGCCCAGCAUGUCCAGAUCGACCUGGAGUCCGUUGGCCUGAAGCUGGACUGGGACCAUCAUCAGUAUGUCGCCGUGCAGGCUGGCCCCCAGAUGUGGGGAAAAGUGGGUGGUCUCUGCGGAUCUCUGGACGGUGAUUUCAACACCGACUUGACCUCCAGGACGGGCAAAAAGCUGGCGACUGUGAAGGCCUUCGCAGAUGCCUGGCGCGUCGAGGAUCACAGUGAAUUGUGCCAGGUGGAAAACAGUGCCGAGCUGGAGUUUGGCAUCGACUCCUGUGAGCAAAGCAAGCUCCAAAAGGCUGUCUCCGUCUGCGAGCGUCUAUUGGCCAACGAGAAGCUUGGGGAUUGCAUUAAGCCCUUCAACUAUGACGCCUUGAUCCGCACCUGCAUGGCGGACUACUGCAACUGUGCCAAUCGGGAGCAUCCGGAGAGCUGCAAUUGCGAUGCCAUCGCCAUGCUGGCCAAGGAGUGCGCCUUCAAGGGCAUCAAGCUGGAGCAUGGAUGGCGCAAUCUGGAGAUAUGUCCCAUCAGCUGUGGUUUUGGACGCGUCUAUCAGGCAUGUGGGCCCAAUGUGGAGCCAACCUGCGACUCCGAGCUGGCCAUGCCAGCCUCGAAGGGCGCCUGCAACGAGGGCUGCUUCUGUCCAGAAGGAACGGUCCAGUACAAGGAGGCCUGCAUCACCCGUGAACUCUGCCCCUGCUCCCUGCGUGGCAAGGAGUUCAAACCAGAGUCGACGGUCAAGAAGAACUGCAACACCUGUACCUGCAAGAAUGGUCAGUGGAAAUGCACGGAGGAUAAAUGUGGCGCCCGCUGUGGAGCCAUUGGAGAUCCGCAUUAUCAGACGUUCGACGGCAAGCGCUACGAUUUCAUGGGCAAGUGCUCGUACCAUCUGCUGAAGACCGAAAAUAUGUCCGUGGAGGCGGAGAAUGUGGCCUGCUCGGGAGCCGUUUCGGAAUCAAUGAAUUUCGCCGCUCCCGAUGACCCGUCGUGCACCAAGUCAGUGACCAUCCGAUUCAUCCUUCGCGAUGGAACUCCAUCGGUGAUCAAGCUGGACCAGGGACUGACCACCGUCGUGAACGACAAGCCAAUAGUCAAGUUGCCCAAGAUGCUGGGGCUGGGCGAGGUGCUUAUCCGUCGGGCGAGCUCCACCUUCCUGACUGUGGAGUUUGCUGAUGGCAUUCGCGUCUGGUGGGAUGGAGUUUCGCGGGUCUAUAUCGAUGCCCCGCCCAGUUUGCGCGGCCAAACGCAGGGUCUGUGCGGAACCUUCAACUCGAACACCCAGGAUGACUUCCUAACGCCCGAGGGCGAUGUGGAGACGGCCGUGGAGCCUUUCGCCGACAAGUGGCGUACCAAGGACACUUGCGAAUUCAAGGCCGAAACCCACCAGGGGCCUCAUCCCUGCAGCUUGAGUCCGGAGAAGAAAGCUCAGGCGGAGAAGUUCUGCGACUGGAUUCUGCAGGACAUCUUUCAGGACUGUCAUUUCCUGGUCGAACCGGAGCAGUUCUACGAGGAUUGUCUGUACGACACCUGUGCCUGCAAGGACGACCUGUCCAAGUGCUUCUGCCCCAUCCUGUCGGCCUACGGCACCGAGUGCAUGCGACAGGGCGUUAAGACGGGCUGGCGCAUGACGGUCAAGGAAUGCGCUGUGAAGUGCCCCAUGGGCCAGAUCUACGACGAGUGUGGCGACGGUUGCGCCUUGACUUGUGACGAUUUACCCAGCAAGGGAUCCUGCAAGAGGGAGUGCGUCGAGGGAUGUCGCUGUCCCCAUGGCGAAUACAUCAACGAGGAGGGCGAAUGUGUGCCCAAACAGAAGUGCCAUUGCAAUUUCGAUGGCAUGUCCUUCCGCCCCGGCUACAAAGAGGUGCGACCUGGUCAGAAGUUCCUGGACCUCUGCACCUGUACAGAUGGUGUGUGGGACUGCCAGGACGCGGAGCCAGGUGACAAGGAUAAAUAUCCACCCUCAUCGGAGCUGCGCUCGAAGUGUGCCAAGCAGCCCUUCGCCGAGUUCACCAAAUGCGCGCCCAAGGAGCCGAAAACCUGCAAGAACAUGGACAAGUACGUGGCCGAUUCGUCGGACUGUCUUCCUGGUUGUGUUUGCAUGGAGGGCUAUGUCUACGAUACCUCCCGCUUGACCUGCGUCCAGCCCUCCAACUGCUCCUGCCACCAUGCCGGCAAGAGCUACGAUGACGGCGAGAAGAUCAAGGAGGACUGCAAUCUUUGCGAGUGCCAGGCGGGCAACUGGAAGUGCUCGAAGAAUGGCUGCGAGUCCACAUGCAGCGUCUGGGGAGAUUCCCAUUUCACCAGCUUUGAUGGUCAUGACUUUGACUUCCAGGGGGCCUGCGACUAUGUUCUGGCCAAGGGGGUUUUCGACAAUGGAGAUGGUUUCAGCAUUACUAUCCAGAAUGUUCUAUGUGGCACUAUGGGUGUGACUUGCUCCAAGUCACUGGAAAUCUCCCUGACUGGUCACGCUGAAGAAACGCUGCUUUUAAGCGCGGAUUCCGCGUACAGCAUCGAUCCCAACAAGACGCCUAUUAAGAAACUUCGAGAUAGUGUGAACUCAAAGGGUCACAACGCCUUCCACAUCUACAAAGCUGGAGUCUUCGUAGUGGUGGAAGUAAUUCCCCUAAAAUUGCAAGUAAAAUGGGACGAGGGAACUCGAGUUUAUGUUAAGCUGGGCAACGAGUGGCGUCAGAAAGUUAGUGGCUUGUGUGGCAACUACAAUGGCAAUAGUCUGGAUGAUAUGCAGACUCCCUCGCUGGGACUGGAGACCAGUCCCAUGCUCUUUGGCCACGCCUGGAAGCUCCAACCUCAUUGCUCGGCUCCGGUGGCCCCCAUCGACGCGUGCAAACAGCAUCCGGAGCGCGAAACCUGGGCACAGCUGAAGUGCGGGGCACUGAAGUCGGAUCUGUUCAAGGAGUGUCAUCCCGAGGUUCCCCUGGAGCGUUUCUGGAAGCGCUGCAUCUUCGACACCUGUGCCUGCGAUCAGGGCGGCGACUGUGAGUGCCUGUGCACCGCGAUGGCUGCCUACGCCGAUGCCUGUGCCCAGAAGGGCAUCAACAUUCGCUGGAGGUCCCAGCACUUCUGCCCCAUGCAAUGUGAUCCCCACUGCUCGGACUACAAGGCCUGUACUCCGGCCUGUGCUGUGGAGACGUGUGACAACUUCCUUGACCAGGGAAUCGCAGAGCGCAUGUGCAACCGGGAGAACUGCCUGGAGGGUUGCCACAUCAAGCCUUGCGAGGAGGGAUUCAUCUACCUGAACGACACCUAUAGGGAAUGUGUACCCAAGGCCGAAUGCAAGCCCAUUUGCAUGGUUAAGGAGGGCAAAACCUUCUACGAGGGUGACAUUACCUUCACGGACGCAUGUGCCACCUGCCGAUGCUCCAAGCGCAAGGAGAUUUGCAGCGGAGUAAAGUGCGAUGUUCCCCUGACGACCUCGCAUCCGGUUCCCCUCAUCGAGGGCACCACAGCACCAACUCCUCUGGCCACCCAAAAUCAGACCAAGUGCGUCAAGGGAUGGACACGAUGGUGCGACAAGGAUCGGGAUACCUCGGACAAGAGUGUGCGGCUGAAUGAUGAGGAGAAGGUGCCUCGUUACGAUCGAAUGGAGAAUGUCUAUGGAACGUGUCUGAAACAGUACAUGACCAAGGUGGAGUGCCGGGUGAAGGAAACCCAUGAAGCCCCCGAACAAAUGGACGAGAAUGUGAUUUGCAAUCUGGAGGAGGGUCUUAGGUGUAUUGGCAAGUGCCACGAUUACGAAUUGCGUGCCUUUUGCCAGUGCGACGAGCAGCCGGUUCCCGAAGAGCCCAAGCCCACGGAGAAACCACAACUCGGCCUGACCUGCGAUGCUGCGAUCGUGGAGUACAAGGAGUUCCCCGGAGAUUGCCACAAGUUCCUGCACUGUCAGCCCAAGGGAGUUGAGGGCGGUUGGAUCUACGUGGAACAGACCUGCGGAGAGUACAUGAUGUUUAACCCCACCAUGUUUAUUUGUGAUCACAUAGCCACUGUCACCGAGAUCAAGCCCAGCUGCGGCCUGAAACCCAAGCCCCAACCCGAACCGGAACCCAUUAGCCAAUGUCCUCCUGGCAAGGUAAAGUCGGAUUGUGCCAAUCAAUGUGAACACACCUGUCAUUAUUACGGCAACAUCUUGAAGAAGCGCGGUCUCUGCCAGAUCGGCGAGCACUGUAAGCCGGGUUGUGUGGAUGAGUUGCGACCAGAUUGUCCCAAGCUGGGCAAGUUCUGGCGAGAUGAGGACACCUGUGUGCAUGCCGAUGAGUGUCCCUGUAUGGACAAGGCUGAGCACUACGUUCAGCCUCACAAGCCCGUGCUCGGGGAGUUUGAGGUAUGCCAGUGCAUCGACAAUUCCUAUACCUGUGUGCCCAACAAACAGGAGCCCGUUCCCGAGGGAGGAGAUGGUGAAGUGGAUGUGAUACCUCUGGUUCCCCUUUUGCCUGUUACCCUCACCCCACCUCUACAGUGUGCCCCAGAACGCCUCGUUUACAAGAUUGAAAACACUGAGAAUUCGGAGCCCGACAGCAUCUUCAAUGCAAGUUCCCAGCUGGCACCCGAGCACGGCGCGAGAAUGGCUCGUCUGACCAGGGAUCAUCCGAAGGGCAGCUGGUCCCCCAGCAUCAACGAUCAGAUGCAGUAUCUGGAACUGAACUUUGGAAAGCCAGAACCCUUCUACGGCGUGAUAAUGGCUGGCAGUCCUGAGUUCGAUAACUACGUUACCCUGUUUAAGAUCCUCCACAGCCAUGACGGAAUCGCAUAUCAUUACCUGGUGGAUGAAACAGAAAAGCCUCAGAUGUUCAAUGGUCCCUUGGACUCACGGGCUCCAGUGCAGACUCUUUUCAAGAUCCCCAUCGAGGCGAGCUCCCUUCGCAUUUAUCCCCUCAAAUGGCACGGCUCUAUCGCCAUGCGUGUGGAGCUGCUGAUAUGCGGAGAUAAGCCGGCACCUCCGCCAUUGCCCACUGUUCCAACAACCCCGCCCAUAACCGAGAGUCCAGCUAAAUUAAUCGAUCUGGAAUGCAUCGAUCUCAUGGGAGUGGAUGAGGGUAAGAUGCACCAGGACCAGGUGCAAUCGAGCAGUUUGUGGCAGCCAUCAAAUCUGGCAAAGAAAUCACAGCUUUUGGAACUGCUAAAGUUGUCAACACCUUUGGCUUGGCGUCCCCUGGCAAACAGUCAAAACGAGUUCAUUGAGUUUGAUUUCCUGGAGCCACGAAAUAUUUCUGGAUUCGUGACCAAGGGUGGACCGGACGGUUGGGUAACUGGCUACAAGGUGCUGUUCUCGAAGAAGAAACCCACCUGGAACACAGUGCUCUCACCCAACGGACAGCCACGCAUCUUCGAAGCCAAUAUCGAUGCUGAGUCUGAGCGCAGACAUCAUUUCAAGAAGCCCAUACUGACGCAGUACAUAAAGGUUGUGCCGGCCUACUGGGAGAGGAACAUAAAUAUGCGCAUUGAACCCCUGGGAUGCUUCUUGCCAUACCCUGAAAUCCAACGACAAGUUCCUGUGGAAGAGAGCAAGCCAACGAAGUGCAACAUCUGUGAUGGUGUCUCCACUGCCAGUUCUAGCACCGAGUGCCAGUGCAAGGAUCAACAAUUCUGGGAUGGCAGCAACUGCGUCCAGCACAAUCUUUGUCCCUGUGUAGAGAACUAUGUCAGCUAUCCAAUAGGCAGCAAGUUUGAGAACUCUGCCUGCGAGGAUUGCGUCUGCGUCCUCGGUGGCCAUAAGAACUGCAAGCCCAAGAAGUGCCCGCCCUGUCAGGAUCCCAAGUUGCGUCCUGUGAUUACCAGCGACUGUUUCUGUAAAUGCGAGCCCUGUCCCAAACACCAAAGACUCUGCCCAUCCAGUGGGGACUGCAUUCCCGAGGUGCUGUGGUGCAACGGAGUUCAGGACUGUGCUGAUGACGAGGACUCCAGCUGCAGUGACUCAUUCACGGUAGAGCCCGAUAUCGUUCGCAAAAAGAAUGAGACUGAGGUCAUCACGUGUCCCGUGCCCUCUUGCCCGCCUCAAAUGAAGAUCAGAAUAACCGAAAAGAAGGCCAGAAAGAUGUCCAAGAUGUUCACCUUCUCGAAGCAGGUCUCGAUAGUGGACGAUGGGUUGACCAUCACCAAGACCAAGUUCAUCUCGUCCAAGGAACAAAUUCUGGCCAUGCCCAGCCAGGAACUGGACUUCCAACUGGAGGAGCAGUGCGACGAGUUUACCUGUGUGCCCAUUCCCAAGAUACAAGUGGACAAGAACGAGACAAUCACAUGCACAGAGCCCAAGUGUCCUGAGAAGUACGAUGUGGAGCUGGACAUGAGUGCGGCCAAGGUGGGUGACUGCCUGAGGUACACCUGUGUCCUUCGACCCAACAAAGACGAUGUGUGUGAGAUUAGCGGCAAGAGCUUCACCACCUUCGAUGGAACAGUUUUCAAAUACGGACCCUGCAGCCACAUUCUGGCCCGAGAUAUUCACAAGAGCAGUUGGUCUAUAUCGGUCCAUCAGCAAUGUAGCGACGAGACCCGCAAGGUUUGCCACAAGGUGAUCACCAUCCAGGACACCGAGGCGGGCAACGAGUUGAUUCUCCUGCCCCAUCUAAAGCUCAAGUUCAAUGGCUUUGAGUUCACAGUGCAGCAAUUGAUCAACUCACCGAUUUGCAAGGCUUCCUUCGUGGUUUCCCAGCCCGGCAAGACCCUACUGGCCGUCUCCACUAAGUAUGGUUUCUGGGUACAGCUUGAUGAUAUUGGAAUCGUCAAGGUUGGCAUCUCCUCCAAAUUUAUGCGCACUGUUGACGGUCUGUGCGGUUACUACAAUGGAAACCCCAAGGACGACAAGAGAUCGCCGGAGGGAGAAAUUAUUCCAAACACGGAGAAGUUCGGUGACAGUUGGUAUGACAAACGGAUUCCCAAGGACCAGUGUGGAGAUCUCAAGUGCUCCAGGGAAAUGCAGGCUAAGGCUUUGCAGCUAUGUAAUAUCAUUCAUCAUCCCACCUUUGCUCGGUGCCACAAGGCAGUUAAUUACAAGCAGUUCCUCAACAACUACUGCAUGGAAGCUGCCUGCAAUUGCAUGAUGGCCAACAACGGGGAUCCGGCAGCCUGCAAGUGCAACAUCUUGGAGAGCUUUGUGAAGAAGUGCCUCAGCGUGAAUCCGCUGGUGCAGCUGACCACUUGGAGAGCCGUCGCCCAGUGCGAGAUCAAUUGCCCUGCGCCGUUGGUUCACACGGACUGUUACAAGCGACGCUGUGAGCCAUCCUGCGAUAAUGUUCACGGAGAUGACUGUCCUGUGCUUCCGGAUGCCUGCUUUCCGGGUUGCUAUUGUCCAGAGGGAACGGUGCGAAAGGGACCCAACUGCGUGCCCAUUUCGGAGUGCAAGGACUGUGUGUGCAAUGCUUUGGGUGCCUCCAAGUACAUGACCUACGACCGCAAGAGCUUCAGCUUCAAUGGAAAUUGCACAUACCUCCUGUCACGGGAUGUGGUACUCCCCGGUGUCCACACUUUCCAGGUGUACGCCACCAUGGAUGACUGCAAGAAGCUGGGACAACCCACUCCCGUGGAGGGCGGCAGCUGCGCCAAAUCCCUGCACAUCCUCAAUGGUGACCAUGUGAUUCAUGUCCAGCGCGUUCCGGAGAAACCGAAGUCCCUACAGGUCCUGGUCGAUGGAUUCGAGGUAAAGAAGAUACCGUUUAAGGACAGUUGGAUUAGCUUGCGACAGGUGGUGGGCAAGGAGUUGGUCCUUUCCCUUCCCGAAUCCCACGUGGAGCUGACUGCCUCCUUUGAAGACCUCAUCUUCUCCCUGGGCGUUCCAAGUAUCAAGUAUGGUAGCAAGAUGGAGGGACUUUGUGGCGACUGUAAUGGCAAUGCCGCUAACGAUCUUCAGGCUAAUCCGGCAAAGAAAAAGGCCGGAGUGGAUGUGAUCCAAAGCUGGCAGGCAGAUGAACCCAAGUUGGGCUUGGUGGAAGAGUGUCUCAGUGAGGAUGUGCCCAAGGAGCAGUGCAUUCCCCUGCCGCCGGAGAAGGAUCCCUGCCUGCAGUUCUACAAUGCCGAAUUGUUCGGCAAGUGUCCUUUGGCCGUGGAUCCCAUUUCCUAUGUCUCCGCCUGUCAGCAGGACAUCUGCAAGCCUGGCAACACCCAGCAAGGAGUCUGCGUGGCCUUGGCUGCCUAUGCCAAGGAGUGCAACCAGCAUGGAAUAUGUACCAACUGGAGGAGGCCCCAGCUGUGUCCAUUCGAAUGCCCCAGCGAUAUGGUCUACGAGCCAUGUGGCUGUGCCAAGAAUUGUGACACCAUUAAGGCACUGUCCGAAUUCGAUGCAGUGAGUCUGAAGAGCCAGGCUGUAAUACACACCGUGAAGAGUGACGAAAUGUGCUUGAGCUCGGAGCGAUUUGAGGGCUGUUUCUGUCCCCCUGGAAAGGUAAUGGAUGGCGGCAAGUGUGUCCCAGAGAUAGCCUGCACAAAGUGCGAUGACGGAGUGCAUUUGCCCAACGACAAAUGGCAGAAGGAUAAGUGCACCGAAUGCCAGUGCGAUCAGGGUGGAAAGACCUCUUGUGUGGAGCGGAAGUGCCAGGUGGAGGAGAACAUCUGUGCAGAGGGCUACAGGCCGGAGACCAUUGUCAGCGUGGAGGAGUGCUGCCCGAGGUAUCGAUGUGUGCCGGAGACCAAGAACCCGUCCAAGCAGUGCCUGGCUCCUCUGAUGCCCAUCUGUGGUCCUGGACAGUUCAAAAAACAGAAGAUGGAUGUUAAUGGCUGUGCCCAGUACAUAUGCGAGUGUAAGCCCAAGGAUGAGUGUGAGAUUGUCCAGCUCCGAGAAUUGCUGCCAGGCGAAGUGGUUGUCAAGGUUGAAGAAGGCUGUUGCCCCACUCAGAGCAUUGAAUGUAGGCCACAGUUGUGCCCCCAACCGCCUGUAAACUGCCAAGAGCGAUUCUACGAAGUGAAGACCACCAAGGAAGGCGGUGCCUGUUGCCCCAAACACGCAUGUGUACCUCCCAAGGACCUGUGCAUUGUGCAAUACGAGCUCGAAGAGUCCUCGAAGUUCACCAAGCAGGUGGGUGAUAGGUGGACGCAUGCCAAGGAUGUUUGCAAGCAGGAGUCCUGUUCCUACGGUCCCGAUGGCAAUGCCCAGGUGAUCAGCACCUUGGAGCAGUGCCUCACAGACUGCGCCCCAGGCUUCAGCUAUCAGAACUUGGACAAGACCAAGUGCUGCGGCAAAUGUGUCCAGACAUCUUGCAUAUUUGAGCAAAAGCUGUAUGAAGUCAAUGCCAUUUGGAAAUCUGAGGACAACUGCACUACCUACAGCUGCCUGAAGAAGGAUGAUCAGUUUUUGGUUACCACCUCAAAGGAGGUGUGUCCAGACGUUGGUAGCUGUCUUUCUCACCUGUUGUACCAAGAUGGCUGCUGUCAGCGGUGCAAAUUGGAGCCCCUGGUGGAGGAUAAAUCAACUUGUCUACCUGUUUCUUUGGCUGAGUCACUAACCAAGGAGAUUCUCAAGUUCCCUAAGCAAGGACAUGGAUCCUGCGUUAAUGCCGAACCCAUUCAAGGCUUUACCGACUGCGAGGGAGCCUGUUCCUCUGGUUCCAAGUACAACACACUCACCGACAUGCACGAAAAGUUUUGUACCUGCUGCAGCAUUAAGUCCUAUCAACCGAUCUCAGUGAAAAUGAUUUGCGAGGAUGGCCACACGUUUACUCAGAAGCACGAGGUGCCUGCCAACUGCGGAUGCUCGCCGUGCUCGGAAUUCUCAGAUGCCGCGAUCGAUGUGCGAAUGCAGCCGGAUGUGCAGUCCCCACUUCUGCGUUUACUCAACAACCAUGGGCACUAACUAACGGGAGUGUUAUUUAAUUAGUUCUAAGCAAAACGAGCAUAAAAAAUAAAAAUUUUAAAAAAAUAUAGCUGGUUUUAGUAAUCCUUAAAAGUAUUUUCAACUCGCCAAAAAAAUAGUGGCAUACUUAUGGGCUUCUUGUUUAUAAACAAUAAACAAAGUGUCAAAUUUUUGUAAACAAGUCCUAUGUUUCAUACAAGUUCUAUUAAUUUGUCUAAUGACCUUAAAGUUUUUUGAAUUUUAAUGUUGAUAUUGGCAAACAAAAAUAUGUAUAAAUCGAUUGAGUAGAUCCUCAUAAAAAAUGUGUAGUUUCAUAAAUAAUUGAACCGGUGUGAAAC